AUGCCGAUUCGAAGCGACUGGACCCUUGCGCGCGAAGGCGUGACUGGCGAUACCAUCAGCCGCCUCAUCAGGUACACGGCCUUCAACCCUGCCCUCACGCUGCCCCUCCUCCUCCUUGCGCGUUACACGCACCAAGGCAACGCCCUCGCCGAAGACCAUGCCGCAGCAUUCAAGGGCCUGAAGACGCUGCUGGGCUUGGGUGCGCUGAGCACCGUCAACGCCUGGCUCAACAGCGGCGUGACCAACAACUGGAGCGGCGAUGCCUAUGUCUGGAGUCGCGAGGUCGUCGUUGUAACCGGAGGCAGCGAUGGCAUUGGCAAGAUUGUUGUCCAGCUGCUCGCCGAGAAGGGUAUCAAGGUCGCGGUUCUGGACGUCCAGGACUUGACGUAUGAGGCACCAUCAUCUGUCCGCUUCUUCAAGUGCGACCUCACCGACCCCGAGGCCAUCGCCUCCGCCGCCUCAUCCAUCCGCUCCACACUCGGUAACCCCACGGUCCUGAUCAACAACGCCGGAGUCGCACGCGGCAAGACCAUCCUCGAGUCGACAGAGAAGGACAUCAACCUGACCUUCAAGGUCAACGCCUUCAGCCACUACUAUUUGACACAGCAGUUCUUGCCCGCCAUGAUCGCCGCCAACCACGGCAUGAUCGUAACCGUCGCCUCUGUAGCCGGCUACCUCUCCGCCCCCUCGAUGGUCGACUACGCAUCCUCCAAAGCCGCCGCCCUCUCCUUCCACGAAGGCCUCGCCGCCGAACUCACCGCCCGCUACAACGCACCCAAGAUAAGGACUGUGCUCAUGGCCCAGAGCUACACGCGCACUGCGCUGUUCGAAGGCUUCGAUUCCAAGGGCGUUCUUUACCCGGAGACGGUUGCGGAGAGCAUUGUUAAGGCUGUGCUAAGCGGCAAGAGUCAGCAUGUUGUUCUGCCGGAAACUAGUGGGCUGUUCAUUCCGGCGAUAAGGACUUGGCCGUACUGGAUGCAGUAUGGGCUGAGGAAGAGGCUGGGUAAGCUUAUGGCGGGGUGGAAGGGCAGGCAGGUUGUCCAACCUAGUUUGGCGGGGGAGGAGAAGAAGGUUGAGGAUAGUACUGUGCUUGUUGAUAAGGAGUAG